AUGGAUAGUGGACCUGUCGAAGAAUCGGCAAGCCCACUGAUGAACAGGUCGCCGCUCAACCCCGUUGCAUCUCUCAGAUGCGUUGGUAUCACGACAAAGGAGAUGCCGGUAGACGGGGUGGCGCAUGGUGAUUCUAGUCUGCUCCGCCAACAGCUCCCUCAAACCCUUGUAUCAUGGCGCAUACCCCCAGUUGAUGAAGGAGAGAACCACGAGACUGCCCGAGAAGCCGUCUGGAAACCGCUGUAUCCCUUCUUCAAGCAACGGGGAUAUACGUUCUGGAAAUACUACGCCGGGAGCAUGCUCUACCCCGACGUCGAGGAAAGCGCAGAUGACUUGCCCCCAUCUCCGUACGGGUUCGCAUAUGCUACACGACACGGCGGUCUCAAUCCCGACUUCGGCUCGCUCGAUCAAUUGACCGAGUUCAUGUACAUGAACCCGCUAUGCCGAGCGGCGCGUACCGCCGACGGCCGGGACGUGGUCGGACCGCACGCAUUCUACGAAGACAACCACGCGAUCCCGCUGGUCGACUUUUUCAGCUUUGAAGACGUCACGUUCGGCGUCUAG